GAUUCAGAGCGAACAAGUGCUCUGGCCGAAAACUCUCACGCUGAACCUCCCUUUGCCCGACAAGUCAAACUUGUUGCAGAUUCUCCCAGAGUGUGUGGACCCUCCAGAAAAAAACAAACAAACAUGGCAGACUACCGGGACGACAACGGAGCUCGGGCCCUGCUUGCAUUACAGUCGGCGCCGUGCAGCCCCGUGCGCGUCGCGGUGACCUCUCACUCCUAUCACCAGCCGUCACUCGCGCUCCUGGGUCCUCCGUUAAUGGAAGCUCGCGGCGUGGCCGGCGGGUUUCCCGCGAGGCUCUCCUCGACUCCCCCGCAGGCCCUGGCGAGGCUCGAGGGCCGGGACUUUGAGUUUGUCAUGCGCCAGAGGACGGUCACCAUAGGCCGGAACUCGUCCCACGGCUCGGUGGACAUCAACAUGGGUCACUCGAGUUUCAUUUCACGGCGACACUUGCAGAUCAGCUACGACGAGGCGGGCGGCUUCUCCCUGCGGUGCCUGGGGAAGAAUGGCGUGUUUGUUGACGGGGUGUUCCAGCGGAGAGGAGCGCCGCCGCUUCCACUGCCCAGAGAGUGUGUGUUUCGUUUUCCCAGUACCGUCAUCAAGAUCCAGUUUAUGUCGCUCCUGGAAGUCGAGGAGCACAGCGAGAAGGAGCAGCCCUCUCCUCCUCCUCGCCCGCUCCUGCCCCACAUAUCCCCCCUGAAAAUCAGCAUUCCCACCAUGCAGCAGCAUGAAGAGCACAUCAGGGCCUUCGGCUCCCCGCUGCCGUCGCCCACCGGCACAAUCAGUGUUCCCAACUCCUGUCCUGCUAGCCCUCGAGGGGCGGGGUCAUCAGGGUAUCGCUACGGACGCAACGUGACCUCUGACCUCCAGUUAGCAGCCGAAUACGCUGCGAAGGCCGUAUCUGAGCAGAGAAGAAGCCUCGCGGAGCACCGGGGCGGGGGAAGUGAGCAGCGUGGAGAGUCGGCGGGAGGAGACAGCCCCAAGGAUGAGUCCAAGCCGCCGUAUUCCUACGCACAGCUGAUCGUCCAGGCCAUCUCUUCGGCUCCAGACAGACAGCUUACACUCAGCGGGAUCUACGCCCACAUCACCAAACACUACCCCUACUAUCGCACUGCAGACAAGGGUUGGCAGGUACAGUCCUCCCUCACUGUCCUCAGAAGACUUUAUCCCAACAGGAGAUACUUCAAGAUAUAG